UCCAGGCACAGAACACUCAUGAACUUAUUUGACAAAGUUCCCGUGGUUGACAAGAAUGCCUUUGUGGCCCCCAGUGCAUCCAUUGUUGGGGAUGUCUAUGUUGGACCUAAUUCUUCCAUUUGGUAUGGAUGUGUUCUCAGAGGUGAUGCGAACAGCAUCAGUAUCGGAUCUGGAACUAACAUUCAAGACAAUUCUCUUGUUCACGUAGCCAAAUCCAAUUUAGGUGGAAAAGUCUUGCCCAUCCUUAUUGGUGACAAUGUCACUGUAGGUCAUACGGCUAUCUUGCAUGGAUGUACUGUGGAGGAUGAGGCAUUUGUUGGUAUGGGUGCAACACUUCUUGAUGGGGUAGUUGUUGAGAAACACGCAAUGGUAGCUGCCGGAGCACUCGUGAGGCAGAAUACAAGAAUACCCAGUAGACAGAAGUUGCAUUGUGGUUUAGCUGAUUGA